AUUAGUAGUAGUAGUAUUACUAUUAGUCUCCCGCAAGAACGUGAAGAGAGUUUGACAACUUUGCCGAAACAUGUUGUUUGAGCUUUAACGGUGUCCGUAGUUCCUCAGACAAGCGCGCCGAACAAGCGCGUGCUUUGUCAGUGCUCAUCACGAGCACGCGCGUAUUUUGCCGCGUUGGCGGGGCGGAGCGGCAAGAAGACGCUGGCGGAACCGUAUCUGAUGGGGAAUCGCGGAUUGACCUAACACCGGCCUUCGAAGGACCCAUCCUAGGUAGACCAGACCUUCGAAGGAUGCAGACCCUGAAUUCGGACACAGCUGUUGAGUGUAGAGUUUUAGUGUUAGCUUCUGCUAAAUACUGUGUUGACACAUAAUUUAGCAGAAGCUAACUACUUUAGUGGAACUAAUGCCUGUAAUUAGUGCUUUAGGGUUAGCACAACUAACUUUUUAGUUGAUGGUGCCCACCACUGACUUUCAUACAUCCAGAUCAUUGAGUUUAGACAUACCAGUCACUUCCACAGCACUGUGUGCAAGAUCCAGGAUGCUAACUCUCAGUAACUCAGUCUCAUUUAUGAUGUAAAUCUGAUGUAAAACCCCAUCUGUUAGAAAGCUGUCUGAAGACAUGACAAAAGCUACAUAAAAUAAUGUUUAUUAAACUACCAACAAAAAGGAAAUUCCAAAUAACUAAAGCUAAGCUAGUAGUGCGUAAAUGAAGUAAUGAAGGUCCUGAAGGUGGAUGCAUUGGAUUCACAAAACAAAGAGGAAACGGUGGAAAGUGUUAAUGUUUCAACACCUCCAGUUUGUCUUGUUUUUCCUCUCCCAUCAAGCUUUAUUAUGCUCACUCUGUUGUGUGGAAAUGUUUUGCAGAGUGGCGUGAUGUGGACUUGAUGCGCGACAUUGAAGCAGCAACAGGAGAGGACCUGGGCUCCAGUCGGGUGAGAGAUAAAAAAUGGAAGGGGAAAAAAAAGAAAUACCCCAACCUCAGUGAUCUAAAGCAGAGCAGCAACACGUCGCGCUCCAGACUGGAGAGAAAGGUCUUCAACAAGAGCACCAUGCGCAGAGUGGCUCAGGUGUUAAGUAAAGCCGACAGGAGAAAACACGACAAGUUCUCCAACCAGUUUAACUACGCCCUUAACUGACCAUGUUUCUGUCGCUGUGCUCUAUACACAGCCUCUUUCACAACAAUCAGGGACUCUUAAAAUCUGCAUAAAGAAACUGAGUAACAGUUUUUAAUGUGUGUGUUUAUGUCCCUGCAUUUCAUGACUGAAGGAACAUUCACAAUAUUCAUGUUUUUGGAGGGACUCUCACAAUGAAAGUUUCUCAGAUAAUUUAUUUGUUUGAGCCAGUAUAGGGCCAUGUAACCCAGUUGAGGUAAAAAAAAAUAAAUAAGCAUUUUUCACUGAAACACAUUAUUAAUGCAAAUAUUUUUUUAAACUGAAUGAGCUAACAUCUCACCAGCAGCUCAGCUUAUUUCUACACUUUGACUAUGUUUUCUCAAUUGAAAUAUUCACAAACAUCAAUAUCAGUCAAAAUUGGAAUCUGCAGAUCAGACUUUUUUAGAUCAGUGAUCAGCCAGAAAACUACAGUCGGUGCAGCCUUCGUACAGUACAUACUGCCCAUCUAUCUCCACUGAUAAACACCAAGCUAACAUUCACACAAUUCCUGCAAAAAGGACGCCCUGCGAUACUAUGACAUUUCUGUUAAAUAURCUCAGUCAAAUAUUGCAUUAAUGUUUGUAUGAUCUUGUGUCUUUGUUCUGUACACAGAUACCAAUAUGUUGACUUUUUUCUACUUUUGCUGAAUGAUUAAUUUAUGUAUUAUGGGGUAAUACGUGAGUUAGAUUUAAUACUACUGUGUGCAUUAAAAUCAUUUGUACCAUA